CCUCCCCAUAUAAUGCAGCAGUUUGCACAAGACAAAAGCCCGGGAAGGAAACAAGUUGAACGAGAGAGGAAGAACAAGGCGAUGAAGCAAAACCGCUUAAUGAAUGCCAAGGAUGCUGCAUUGGAUUAUUCGUUGGGAAAGAAAUAUCCUACGACCGAUGAAGAAGAUUCAAAUGUUUCGAGAAAAGAGUUUAUAAGUAUCAAUGACAUUGGAUUAUUGUGUGAAGAGAAAAUUAGAGAAGCAAAAGCAAAGGGGGAAUUUGAUAAUCUACCAGGAAGUGGGAAACCCUUACAAGAAGAUUACUUUAAGAAUAAUCCUUAUCUUGAUCAGACAGAGUAUCUUUUGAAUCGUAUCGUCCAAAGAAAUGGAGCAGCUCCUCCUUGGGUGAUAAUGCAG